AUGCAAACGGUAAAAGAGACUUCCAAGCUAUUACAGCCAGUGGAUGCAGUAAUGAUGUUUGUUGUCCGAUACAAGCAAGGUGAGCAAUCUUCAUUGCAAGCUCUUCAGGAUGCUUCAACAUAUACUGUGGACAUUUCUUUGAACAAGCGUGGUAGAGAUUACGAAGGUGGUGGUAUUCGUUAUGUUCGUUAUAACUGCACAAUCUCCGUUGAUCAGACUGGGUAUGCAGCUAUGUUUCCAGGACGGUUGACUCAUCUGCAUGAAGGCCUUCCAAUUACCAGUGGAACUCGAUAUAUCGCUGUAUCCUUCCUUAAUCCGUAA